AAAGGGGUGGGGCGGAAUGGAGUGGGGCAGAAAGGGGUGGGGCGGAAUGGGGUGGGGCGGGGCGGAAUGGGGUGAGGCGGAUUGGGGAGAUGAGGGAUGGGGAGAUGAGGGAUGAGGAGAUGAGGGAUGGGGAGGUGUGGGAUGGGGAGGAGAGGGCUGGGAAGGAGAGGGAUGGGGAGGUGAGGGAUGAGGAGGUGAGGGAUGGGGAGAUGAGGGAAGGGGAGAUGAGGAAUGGGGAGAUGAGAAAUGGGGAGAUGAGGGAAGGGGUAAUGAAUGAACGUGUAUGCGACGGAAGGGUGCUGCUGACCACGCACCCUCCCACACCGCACACAAUGGGAAGGGAUGAGAGGGUCCGCGGCAUGGGUAGAGAAGCGAUGGUGAAUAGGGGGAAUGUGAUGGGCAGGGGAGUGAUGACGACGUGGAGAGAGGAGGAGAGAAGGGAGGUCGGCGGGAAGGCUAAGCGAGGACGAUGGGAGGGCAAGCGUGGGCGACAGUGGCGGUGGGCGACGGUGGGGGUGGGCGACGGUGGCGGUGGGCGACGGUGGGGAGAAGCGUGGGCGACGGUGGGGGGAAGCGUGGGCGACAGUGGGGGGAAGCGUGGGCGACGGUGGGGGGAAGCGUGGGCGAUGGUGGGGGGAAGCGUGGGUGACGGUGGGGGGAAGCGUGGGCGACGGUGGGGGGAAGCGGGGGCGACGGUGGGGGGAAGCGUGGGCGACGGUGGAGGGAAGCGUGGGCGACGGUGGGGGGAAGCGUGGGUGACAGUGGGGGGAAGCGUGGGCGACGGUGGGGGGAAGCGUGGGCGACGGUGGGGAAAGCGUGGGUGA